UUAGUAACCAGGCCCGUUCCACUGUGGACAGUGUCACAGUUUAUCCCGUAGUUUUUGAAGACAGAGAAGACAGGCAAAGAAAAGUCGUCGCUUUUGAGCACGAGCACUUACUGGAAUUAAAAAGAGCGUCAGUUUUGGCACCAAGGCUUCUGCUUCGAGACUACGCCGCGGACGGAACAAGCGAGAAAUAUGUCGACGGAGCCUACUACGAGCGCCACCUCUAUGAAAACGCUGCACAUAAAGCAGCUCUUUUGGUGAAACCACAAGGAAGAGGACACUACCAUAUUGCAGGUCUCAUUAAUUCCACGCAUUUUAUAGAACCCCUCAGAAACCACAAAGAUUUCAUGGGCAGAACUUUACAUGUACUGUCGCGGAUUCCCGCCUGGAAAGAAGACGAAUACUAUAAAAUGAUAAAAGUGAAGUCUCGCACGAAUGCAAAUGCGCCCGUUCCAGAACCAAGAACGAAGCCCAGCGGACUUGUUGUGGAGGUUGCUAUCAUUAGCGAUUACUUUCAUACUUUGAAACUUCGAGAGCAGUCACUCGAAGGUCUGGAUUACCUAAUGACGUACAUGUACAAGGUCAGCCUGGAGCUGCAGCAGUUAGAGCCACCUCUCCGGAUUGCCGUAGUAGGAUACCAGACCACAAGUAAGACACAUGCCGAAUAUGUCAGCCUGCUGCAAAGCGGAGUUCUGGACGCGGACGACACUGUGACAAAACUAAGGCAGUACGCACCAAAAGGUGAUUCCACUCGGAAAUCUGACUUGGUCAUUUUAAUCACAGGGCCUGUGGCUCCUACCUACGAUGGGGGAUUGGCCAAGAAAUGGAUGGAUUAUUCCAGCUAA